AUGCCUACAGCUCGCCUUCUUCCUUCGUCACUUGUGCAGGUCGCAGGGUCAUUCACACGGCGCCCCCAAUGGCUCUACCCACGACGUAUUACUCGGGCGCUCACAACAUCGUCCAAGGACCUGCACGCGUCCGUUGCGGCAGGCACGCGGGUCGAUCACGCCGAAAGCAAUGACAACCAGACAGUAGCAGCUAUGGGCCGGACCAAGUCGGGCAAGACCCUCAAAGUCCGCAAGUACCCAGCCUUUGAACGCCUCGAAGACGAACGCCUCUACCGUAAACAGCAUCUCGCGGCUGCCUAUCGCAUCUUCGCCUCGCGCGGGUUCGACGAAGGUGUCGCCGGCCAUAUCAGCGUGCGCGACCCAAUACUCACCGACCAUUUCUGGCUCAACCCAUUGUCGGCGCAUUUCUCCCUGAUACGCGUGUCGGAUCUGAUACUGGUGAACGAGGAAGGCGAGGUGGUGCACGGCGACCAGCCCAUCAAUGCGGCGGCUUUUGCCAUUCACAGCGCCAUACACAGGCGACGGCCAGACGUACAUGCAGCCUGUCAUGCGCAUAGCGUACAUGGCAAGGCCUUUAGCGCCUUUGGUAGGGAACUGGACAUGAUCACACAGGACAGCAUCCGCUUUUACAAGAGCCACGGCGUAUACAACCAGUUUGGCGGAGUCGUGCUGGCCAGCGAAGAGGGUGAGAGGAUUGCGGAUGCCUUAGGUGACGGCAAAGCAGCUAUCCUCCAAAACCACGGCAUCCUCACCGUGGGCAAGUCCGUCGACGAAGCAGCCUUCUGGUUCCUCUCCCUCGACAAGACGUGUCAAGCACAACUCCUUGUAGAUGCAGCGGCCGCUGGAAGUGGAUACAAGCCCAAGAUCAUACCGGAAAGCGAGGCUGCCGAGACAUAUAAGCAGGUUGGGACGCCUGAGAAGGGAUGGCUGGCAUUCCAGAGCUACUACGACGAAGUACUUGCCAAGACUGGAGGCAAUUUUCUGGACUGA